AUGGUGGCGGAACUCUCGGCUCUACAGCAGAUCGUCAAUUCGCUGACAGGGCUCAACGGGCUGCCGCCAGUCAUCGUUCAGUGCGCGGUGACCACCAUCUACACAUCCCUCGGCGGAUUCAAAGUAAGCUUCAUCACGGACAAUAUUCAAGGAGCCAUGGUUGUUGGUUUAAUCAUCAUUGGCUGCAUCACGGUGGGGGUCAAGACCGAGGUCCAGCGCGAUCUGAUCGACAAGAGCGGCUAUCUCAACGCCAGCUUGCUCGGCUGGCAACUCAUUUAUAUCCUCCCCGUGGCGAUCUUGACCAACGACUUCUUCCUCUCGGGUUUCUGGAUGCGAACGUUCGCCGCAAAGACUGACAAAGACCUCUACGUCGGGGUCGGCCUCGCCACCGGCGCCGUAGCCGUCAUCCUGACUCUGGUCGGUGUUUCGGGCCUCCUGGCAGGAUGGUCCGGCGCACUGGGCGACCCGCCGGAGCAGUCUUCGAUCGCGCUCUUCCUCCUCCUGGAACAGCUUCCAGCGUGGGUUGUCGGCAUCGUCCUGGUAAUGGUAGUGUGCCUUUCGACGGCAGCAUUCGACUCAUUCCAGUCCGCAAUGGUCUCCACCGGCUCGAACGACAUCUUCCGCAACCGCCUCAACUUCUGGUACAUCCGCGCGGCCGUCGUGCUCCUGAUAUUCCCCGUCGUGGUCGUGGCCCUCAAGAGCCCGAGUGUGCUGCAGAUCUACCUGAUCAGCGACCUGAUCUCCGCGAGCUCCAUCCCUGUCCUGGUCAUCGGGCUCAACGACCGCGCCUACGCCUGGCGCGGCUUCGAGGUCGUCGUCGGCGGCCUCGGCGGCCUCUUCACCGUCUUCCUGUUCGGCCUCGUCUACUACGAUGGCGACGUCUCGUCCGCCGGCUCGCUCCUGCUGCUCGAACAGGGCCUCUAUGCGAACGACUGGAGUGCCUUUGGCGCUUUUGUCGCUGCGCCCGUCGGUGGCCUGCUUUGGGCUGCGGCCGCGUUUGCCGGCCGGUUGGGUGUCCAGUGGUUCCUCGCCCGCAUGAGGCGCGAGCCCUUCACGGCGCUAGACAAGCCUGCCGCUCCGUCAGCUAGCUUCUAUACUGGCCGCCCUUCGGAGGAGGCGGUGAGGGACGUCUAUACCGAUCCGGAAGGUGUUGAGAGGAGCGACGUCCAGAUCAAGGGUAAGUUCUUCUAG